GAUUGAGCAGCGCAGGCCCAUCCCUGAAUGGCAGGAGCGCCACCAGGCCCAGUGUGGACCGGCUCACCUGGGCGGGGAGACGCCUGAGAACGUCCUCGGCUGGGCGGAGGCCCUGCAGGAGCGGUUCCGGACUCCAGGCCUGGAGUCCGUGGCCUGUGCUGCAGUCGGAGGCGGAAUCAGGCUCCCAAGGGGCCCGAGGAGCGAGGAAACGAGCGUCUGUGGGAAUGCUGGUCACGAGGCACGUCAGGAAGGGGACGGGAGUCCAGAGACCCAGGACGAGGGUGGCAUCGGCCAGCUGGGAAACUUCGCACGUGCUAGUCAAGCACCUGCAUCAGACGUUGCCUCCGUGGGGGACGUUAGCCUGGACAACCAGUGCCCGCGCGUUGGGGAGCACCACGCUGGGAAGGAGGAAGGUUCAGCACGGAGACCCUGCCGCCGCACAGGCUUGUCAGCAGAUGAGGACGUGCGGGGGGCGUCCGCUGCUGACCCCGCCCGAAUCCCGAGGCCGCGGGUUUCUCGUGACCUGUUGAUGGCCCUGCGCGUGCGGGGCCCCGCGGGCCUGCAGGGUGCCUGUCAAACCGAGAUCAAGUCUCGUCUGUUGCCCUCACCCACCAGCCUCCUCCCUCCAACCCUGACUCUCCUUCUCCCCUGA